AUGGCAACGGAGCUGCUGUCGCUGCAGCCGCACCUGAGCUCUGCGCCUGCGCCGCCCCCCCACACACUCCCGCCCUGCCCCCUCCCCGGGGAGCCGUCUGGCUUCGCCCCCCGCCCGGCCCGGGGAGGCGACCCGCAGCCGGGUUCCUAGAUGUCAGGAUGGCAGCUUCAAACCUGGAGAACCAGUUGCACAGUGCCCAGAAGAAUCUGUUGUUUCUCCAGCGGGAACAUGCCAACACACUCAAAGGUUUGCACGCUGAGAUUCGACGACUGCAACAGCAUUGCACAGAUUUGACCUAUGAGCUGACUCUGAAAAGUUCGGACCUGGCAGAAAAUGGUAAUUCAAGAAGCGAUGAACUCAAAAGAAAAUGUGAAGCACUUGAAGCUCAGCUGAAAGUCAAAGAGGCUGAAAAUAAUGAAUUAUUAAAGGAACUGGAACAAAAGACUGCAAUGAUAAUGGUGCUGGAAAACACCAUCAAAGAAAGAGAAAAGAAAUAUUUAGAAGAGUUAAAAAUGAAAAGCCAUAAGCUAAAUAUGCUGUCAAGUGAACUAGAGCAGCGAGCAAGCACUAUUGCAUAUCUAACUUCACAACUGCAUGCUACCAAGAAAAAGCUUAUGAGUUCAAGUGGGACUUCUGAUGCCACCCCAUCUGGAAGUCCAGUUUUGUCCAACUACAAGCCAGCUCCUCCCAAAGAUAAGCUACCUGAGACUCCCCGACGCAGAAUGAAAAAGAGUCUGUCAACACCACUAAACCCGGAGUUUGAAGAGGCCUAUAGAUUAGGAUCGGAUAGUCGAAAGCUGCUGUUGCGAGAGCCUGUUGAUGCUAUGCCUGAUCCCACUCCAUUUUUAUUGGCCAGGGAAACUGCAGAGAUCCACCUGAUCAAAGAGAGGCCUUUAGUUAUUCCACCCAUUGCUUCAGAACGCACAUCAGGCGAAUCACACAGUCCAGCAAAAGAGAAGCAGCACAAGGCGCAUAUUGGUGUGGCACAUCGAAUUCACCAUGUAACAACAUCCCAGCCUCAGCCUGAGGUUGAAACAUUAGCAGUGGAUCAGGUCAAUGGAAGUAAAGUGGUCCGAAAGCAUUCAGGGACAGACAGAACUGUUUAA